CGCUGUUUCUUGCACGUUAAGAAAAGAGAUAGGGGCACUAGCUGGAUUGGAAGUGCUUUAUCUGUUCGACCAUACGUGGCAUAUGAAUCUACAUGUGCCGAGAAAAAUUUUCCCAAACUUAGAUGGUUUUGAAUUCAAAAAGAAGACUAGAAAUAAUCAUCAAGUUUCUUUGAGUAAGAAGUGACAAUGCAGCGAAGGCAGAGAGGAAUCAGUGCGGGAUUGCUUUUGCUGUUCUAUGAAAUUUCUCGAGUUGGUUUUCAGAACAUUCCUCCUGUUACACUUGGGACACUGGCACUGAAUAUUAUUCUCUUUCUGAAUCCCCUGGGACCGCUAUCUGAAGUGUGUAUCAGUGUAAAUGAAAGCUUCUACAGGAAGAAUUGGUGGCGAUUGCUGCUUUCUCCUAUCCACCAUGCAGAUGACUGGCAUUUAUACUUUAACAUGGUUUCCAUGCUUUGGAAGGGGAUAAUGUUGGAAAGAAAGCUUGGAAGCGCUUGGCUUGCGUAUAUAAUUGCAGUAUUCUCAGUGCUCAUUGGAGUUGUUUAUAUGGCACUGGAAUAUGCACUUGCAGAACUUCUGGGUGACCCUACAUAUAAAAUGAUUUGUGCUGUGGGUUUUUCAGGAGUCUUGUUUGCUCUGAAAGUUCUUAACAAUCAUUACAAUCCAGGAAGAUUCAGCAGUGUCCUUGGAAUGCAGAUAUCUAAUAAAUAUGCUUGCUGGGUGGAGUUGGUGGCAAUUCAUUUAGUUUCCCCAGGGACUUCUUUUGCUGGGCAUUUGGCAGGGAUUCUUGUUGGACUGAUGUAUACUGUGGGACCUCUGAAAAGGAUCAUGAAAGCCUGUGCAGGUGUAUUUUCUCCAUCCACUUACCCUGCUCAUCAGAGAGACCACUACUCACAGUAUUACGAUCGUCCAGGUUAUGAGUACAGCACACGGAGGAACUAUGAUGUUUAUACAGGUGGACUUACUGAAGAGGAACAGCUUGAAAGGGCAGUGCUAAACAGUCUUAAUGAGAGAGAUUUUGGUGGAGCGACACAAGAUAACGUGCGACGACCCUAUGGCUUUUGGUUUCCACCUGAGCAGCUUUCAGAAGAAGAAAUGAGAAGGCAAAGACUACUUAGGUUUGAGAGACGGUGAAAUUAGCAGGUGUUGAUGUAAAUUGCAAAGUGCCCUUCAGAAUUACCAAAAUAUUUGUAGGAUUAUUCAUUUGUAAUCAUUUGUAUACUACUCGUUGCAAAACUGCAAAACAUGCCGAGGUUUUGAAGAGUUUAGACUCAAUUGGAACUUGCAUCAGAAGUGUGAGAUGGGAGGACUGAAACUGUGAUCUUUUUUUUUCAGUCUUGAUGCAUGGGAGAAUUUAGGAGGAGGCUGCUAGGUGGACAGGAGGUUUUGCGCGUGCUCCUUCGCUCUCUUGCGCUCUCUUUUGUGUAGCUGGAAGAAUUCCUUGGCUUUUUUACUGCUCACAUUCUGAGUCAGGGUUCCUUCAUCCAUCACAAAGUAGUUAUAUUUGACUUCUGAUGACUUACUGCUUUGAGAUUGACAUGCGAGAUGUCAUUUUAAAAGACUGCAUUGAUAGCAGCCUAUAAACUUGAGCUCCCUAGCAGUCUUAAGCUGUGCAGAGAAAGAAAAAUGCAGUUAUUGUUAUCUUUAGAAGUUAUUUAAUAUAACCUUGAAUAUUGCAGUCUUCCUUAGAUCCUGUCAUUUUCAUCUAGAGAUUGUGUGUGAUAAAGCUGAGUUAUCACUAAGUUCCUAAAGCCAUUCUUUGUUUAAAUCAAAAAAUACCUUCCUUUAUAAGAGUUAAAAUAACUUUCUUAGAACUUCUACGAAAAGGGUGAUAGUUAUACAAUGUAAAAAUGUAUUUAUACUUCUUAAAAUCAUCUAUCUCUUUACUAAGAGGCUGUGUAUCCUGCAGACUUUGGAAACUGUAUCAUGUACAUGUUCAUGCAGCUUUAGAAAUCUCACUGUUUCUCUGUGUGUGUGCGGAUGUAUGUAUGUAUCUCAUUUGACGUCUAGUAGGAGGUGUAAGAGGUAGCAGACUUG